UUAUUGCGAUUACUAGUUAAGUAGUAACGAGAGCCGAGAGAGAGGCGCGUCUCUCUCAGAAAUCUCUUUCAUCAUCCUCUUGCAGAAUUAUAGUUAAGCAACACUACGCUAGCCUCCUGCGGGCUGCGGAAAUUCAUUUUUGUUCAGUUCAGUCUGGUGACGUCGAUUACCCUCUCUGUUUUUAGUUACCUGCUUUGCUUUGAGUCUUUUGUUCUUGGUACGGAGUGGAGAAACGCUCGUAAAUGAAAUGACCAAGGCUUAAUUUACAGUGGUUUUCUUAAGAUCUGGAGUUGGUUCUGCCUUCUCCUUCCGAGACUGGUGCAUCAUGGCUAAAAUAAACUCAGCUGACAGCAGGACUCGGAGCUCUGUAUCUAUAUUCAUUGUGGUUGGUUUGUGCUGUUUCUUUUAUAUUUUGGGAGCAUGGCAGAAAAGUGGUUUUGGGAAGGGUGACAGUAUAGCUGUGGAGAUCACCAAGCAAACAGACUGCAGUGUCCUUGCAAAUUUGAAUUUUGAGACCCACCACACUGGUGAAGCUGGGGUAAUUGAUGAUCAAUCAAAAGCUGAAGUUUUCAAGUCAUGUGGUGCUCGCUAUAUUGAUUACACUCCCUGCCAAGAUCAAAGGCGGGCUAUGACCUUCCCUAGGCAAAAUAUGAUCUAUAGAGAAAGACAUUGUCCUCCAGAGGAAGAGAAACUGCAUUGUCUUAUUCCAGCACCAAAAGGAUAUGUUACACCCUUUCCUUGGCCAAAGAGUCGUGAUUAUGUGCCCUAUGCCAAUGCGCCAUAUAAAAGCUUGACGGUUGAGAAGGCUGUCCAGAACUGGAUUCAGUAUGAGGGCAAUGUUUUUAGAUUUCCAGGUGGAGGAACACAGUUUCCUCAAGGGGCAGAUGCAUAUAUUGAUCAACUUGCUUCUGUGAUCCCAAUUCAAAAUGGGACUGUGAGAACUGCACUGGAUACUGGCUGUGGGGUUGCAAGUUGGGGUGCAUACCUUUUGAAAAGGAAUGUCAUAGCCAUGUCAUUUGCACCAAGAGAUUCACAUGAAGCGCAAGUUCAAUUUGCUUUAGAGAGAGGUGUGCCUGCAGUUAUUGGUGUGCUUGGAACCAUAAAACUGUCAUAUCCAUCUAGAGCCUUUGAUAUGGCUCACUGUUCUCGCUGCUUGAUUCCAUGGGGAGCAAAUGAUGGAAUGUACAUGAUGGAAGUAGAUCGAGUUCUUAGACCCGGGGGUUACUGGGUGCUUUCUGGUCCUCCAAUUAAUUGGAAAAACAAUUACCAAGCAUGGCAACGUACCAAGGAAGACCUUGAGGAGGAACAGAGAAAAAUUGAAGAGAUUGCCAAACUCCUUUGCUGGGAAAAGACACAUGAGAAGGGUGAAAUUGCCAUUUGGAGAAAGAGCUUAAAUGCUGACUCCUGUCAUGGGAAACAAGAUGACUCCCAUGCUAAUAUGUGUGAAUCCACAAGUGCAGAUGAUGUCUGGUACAAGAAGAUGGAGGCAUGCAUAACUCCCUAUCCCGAUGUUAAGAGUGGAGAUGAAGUUUCUGGAGGAGAGGUGAAGCCUUUUCCAGAGAGGCUUAAUGCUAUCCCUCCCAGAAUAGCUAGUGGAUCUGUCCCUGGAGUCUUUGUUGACACAUACUUGGAUGACAACAAAUUAUGGAGGAAGCAUGUAAAAGCUUAUAAGAAAAUCAAUAAGAUUAUCGACUCAGGAAGGUAUCGCAACAUAAUGGAUAUGAAUGCUGGUUUAGGAAGUUUUGCAGCUGCACUAGAAUCUCCCAAAUUAUGGGUUAUGAAUGUUGUUCCCACUAUCUCAGAGAAGAACACUCUUGGUGUUAUAUACGAAAGAGGGUUGAUUGGCAUAUAUCAUGACUGGUGUGAAGCCUUCUCUACAUACCCAAGGACAUAUGACCUCAUUCAUGCAAAUGGUGUUUUCAGUUUAUAUAAGAACAAAUGUAAGGCUGAAGACAUUCUUCUGGAGAUGGAUAGGAUUCUCAGACCUGAAGGGGCUGUUAUAUUCCGUGAUGAUGUUGAUGUGCUGAUCAAGGUAAAGAAGAUUGCAGGAGGGAUAAGGUGGAACACGAAAAUGGUAGAUCAUGAGGACGGUCCCCUUGUCCCUGAGAAAAUACUGGUUGCUGUCAAACAGUACUGGGUUGUGGGUGGAGACAACUCUACAUCCUCAGAGUGAGGAAGAAAAAAGGUAGGAGAAUUCCAGCAGGAUUUUUAGCAUUUAAUGCUGCUUGGUGGAUCCCAUGGAAGUGAUGCUUAAAUUUAUUUCUCUGGGAGCAAUUGGCAAGUGAUGGCAACUCUAGGGAGGAUGGCCCAGCAGUCUUCUAAUGUUAAAUUAACCAUAAGAUGGGCUGUGAUCUUUUGGUGUAUGUGUCCAGGCUUCAUUUGUGAUUUGAGUGCCCCCCCCCCCCCAAGCCAUUCCACAAUUUGUAGACAGAAUACAUGAUCUUUCCAGAAGUUAAUCUUAUUUUUUACUCUCUAAUUUAUUCAUAGAAAAAGGUGUAUCAUUUGUUCUCAUUGGGUUAAUCUUCUCAGCUUUACCCCUUCUAAUAAACACAUUCAGCUUAACAGAAAA